GUAGUGCAUAUAGAUAAAUGUCAAGCGUGUGAUGUCACAAAAUCCAAGACCAUGUGAUUGUUAGCCUUAAGUGUGAAUAGCAAAUGAAAACAGCUGUUGAUGUUACGCGACAAUCCAUUUGAAGAUUGUGGGAAUUAAUUUAAAUAAAUAAUAAGUGAAAAUGCUGCGUACACUAGUUACGGGUGCGCUACGCGUAUGCCGUGUGCCCCCGGCUUUGGCACUGCAGCAAACACAACGUGCCUGCUUUAGCCAUUGGUCAACUGCAUGUACUGGCGCUCCAGUCCAAAAUAAAGCAAAUUUACUACCAGUUGCCAGAUUCACACCAACUACGCAGCUAUUACAGCCUCCAGUACAAACAGUAUUGCCUACGCGCAGUGUAACCAAAUUCUCGCUCAUCAAAGGUAAACGCAAGUCUGUCAAGGCAGUGCUGAAGCGCUUCAAGCGUCUAGACUGGGGCGCUUGGAUUCGUACACAUACGGGUCGCCACAAGAAGAUGUUUAAGAAGUCUCCUCCCUUGCGUCGCCGCCUGCGUCAACAUGUGUUUACCAAUGCCACGCAAAGUUGGCUGCUGGACAAAAUGGUUACGAGCUUUUGGCGACGCCCCAAACACUACAUUGAUGAUCCAUAUACACCGUACCACAAGCGCGAUGAAUACUUUGCAACUAAAUCGAAAACUUUCAAAGUUUAACUUUUAUUAGCUUGAUU